CGGGACGAUAACGCGACCGAACGGAUGUUGGCAACGGACGUGCGUGGGCCGCACACGAUUCUGCGGGCGACCGUGGCCGCCACCUGUCACGCACAUCUACUUCAUCAGUCGUUCACCUCCUAUGGUACUCGAGUGUCAGUUAACGUUAACAGGUGUUAUCGCGGUGCGCGCGCACGCACACACACACGCACACACAUACGAAGGUGGACGUACCUGCUACUACCACUACUACGUUACCGCGUCGAAAUUCGUUAUCGGCGUUGUUCUGUGAAUUCAGUAACGAUACGUACUCGAUCGUACGUCGUAUCGUCGUCGCACGCUACACCGUUAAGCCCCAUCUCUCGCGCAACUACCGAGCAGCACAACCGAGGUCCGGUGCACAGGAUUUCACGUGCUACGCCGCCGCAUCGACCGUGACAUGUCCAUCGACAACAACGAUCAGCAAGUGGCCGAGCCGACCGUGCGGCUGUGCAUGUUGCGCACCUGGCCGGGACACUUCGACGGCUACGGGUUCAACCUGCACGCGGAGAAAUCGAAAACGUCCACGGCCAACGGCGGCACCGGUCUGCCGUUCUCCGGCGGCCAGUUCGUCGGCAAGGUGGACCGGGGCAGCCCGGCCGAGAGCGCGGGCCUCAGGGAGGGCGACCGUAUCGUGCAGGUGGACGGCGUGGACAUCGAGGGCGAGACGCAUCUGGCGGUGGUGGCCCGCAUCAAGAAGGGCUCCGCCGCCGCCGCCGACGGUACCGAGGACGAGAACGCGACCGACGGCGCCGCGGCGAUCAACCGCUGCUCACUGCUGGUGGUCGACCGUCGCGCCGACACGUAUUACAAAGAGAAAAAGAUCCGGGUGCACGCCAACAUGGGUCUGCAGGUGUUGGUGUUACGCACGCCCGACGAGCCGACGCCCGAGUGCCUGUCGUUACAACAGCAGCAGCAGAGCGCAGCCGCGGCCGCCGACGGAGCUCCGAACGCGAGUCCCGGGACGAUCGCUGCAGAUGGUGGCGCGACGGACAAGCAACAGAGCGAUAACGAUGUCACUAAAAAAGCUGCGAACUCAACGACUCCCACUACGACGCUAAAUCUGAACAUGACGGCCGCGGAGUUACGCCGGCGGUUGGCGGAACGCAAGAAACAAGAUUCGCGACGCGCUGGUGGUAAUGGAGACGGUUCGUUAGAUUUUCGCAAAAAAUAUGAGAUUGUCGACAAAUUAUGAAAGUGCCUGAUCUUGGACGUACAAGCGCACACGGCACAUCCACACACAUACACACACACACAUUUUAAAGUAAACACAUCAGUUUAUAUUAAGUUAAAAUAAUUAAAAAAAAAAAAAAAUGUAUCAUAGCAUUUAGAUUAUACUUUUAAUCAUUAUCGUCCGUCCGAAUUUUUACAAUAUACAGGGUAUUUUUAUUAUUAGGUAUAUACGUAUAUGUAUACGAUUUUAUUAUUAAAAUGUAUUUUUUUUUCGACCAAUGUCAUUGUAGUACACGGUUUUGUUGAAAAUUAUGUAUUCACACGAUAAUAAUAAUAAUACUAUACCGCGAUUUCUAACGUACGAUUUGUUAACUAGAAUUCGUGUCGCAUGGUAUAUUUUAUAUUUGUGUGUCAUAACGAAUUACAUUUGUUUUUCGACCAUUAUUACUCAUUACUAUUAGAAAUUUAAAAGAUAGUUAAUAAAUCGAGUUCGUGACGGUAAUCGUGCAGAUCUAGUUGAUUUACGAAUUAAUUAUUAUUAUUUUUAUUAUUAUUAUUAUUAUUAUUAUUAUUGUACUUAAUUAUUUAUUUAUAAACUCAAUAUAUUGCUCCAAAAUAAAGUGAAUACGUUUGUGAUUUAAUACUA